UUUGUUUACUACCAUUUUGGACGCCAACGCGAUUGUAUUUAAAAAUUAUGAGUGCUGAAAUAUCCGGCUUUCGCCGUUUUAUACAUUGGGGCCCAAUCACAGCCCUGAGCAUUAUCAAGUGCAUAACGCUGACAACGCUCUACAUGAACUCGAUGUGGUGGCCGCCAAAUGAAUCAUUCGCUGGCUUUGCCCAUCAGGCCUUAUUCCUAAUGCUCUCCACGCUGGCUACAUUCAAUUACGUCAUGGCCACGCUAACAGGUCCCGGCCUAUUGCCAAGACAGUGGCAGCCAAAGGAGCCCAAGGACACAGAGUACCUGCAGUAUUGCAAGGCGUGCGAGGGCUACAAAGCUCCUCGCUCCCAUCAUUGUCGCAAGUGCAACCGAUGCGUGAAGAAGAUGGAUCAUCAUUGUCCGUGGAUCAACCAUUGUGUGGGCUGGGCCAAUCAUGCCUACUUCUCGUACUUCCUGCUCUUCUCCAUAUUGGGUAGCAUGCAGGCCACUGUAGUCCUCUGCGGCUCGUUCUAUCGUGGCAUUUAUCGCUACUAUUAUCUGACACAUGGACUGGUACACCUGGCCAGCGUACAGUUCACAGUGGUCAGCAUAAUAAUGUGCAUCACAGGCAUGGGCCUGGCCAUUGGCGUGGUCAUCGGCCUGGGCAUGCUGCUGUUUAUUCAACUGAAGACAAUUGUCGCCAACCAGACGGGCAUUGAAAUCUGGAUAGUCGAGAAGGCGCAGUAUCGCCGAUACGCCAACGGCGAGGAUGUGGAUACUUUUAUCUAUCCGUAUGAUCUGGGCUGGCUGCUCAAUCUGAAGCAGGUGUUCAAUGACGAGUGCCAAAAGCUCGGCGACGGCAUCGAGUGGCCCGUGGUAAAGGGCUGUGAUCAAUACACAUUGACACGAGAGCAGCUGGCACAGAAGGAGGAAAAGCGAGCACGGACACGUACCUACAAGUGUCACAGUCCCGUGACGGGUCGAUGGCUGCCCAUUUGCUCGCAGGGUUGGAGCGUAUGCGUGGGUGCUCCCUGCACGGAUGAGCCGCGUAUCCGCCUACAACCAGGUGACAUAAUUAAGGUAACGCGCUUUCGCAAGCAUUGGCUCUUUGGCGAGCGGGAACUCACCAAGCAGGAGCUGCGCGCCGACAAAAAGCAUCAGCGUAGCGGACAUACGCGUGGCUGGUUUCCACGUCAAAGCGCCGUCGAGAUUAUCGAGGUACAUGAGUGCGGCGGCGAUCCUGGCAGCGACAAUCUCGCCGAGAAUGGAAAUUGUAACGGAGGACAUGCUCAUCUGAGGCAGCAGCAACGCAACGGACACGUCAAGAAGUAUAUGUAACCCGAGCAAAAAACCAAUCGGGGCAAUGAGCACAUUAUGGCAAUAUUUCUGUCGACACACAGUCGUACCAGCUUGUAAAUAGAUUAGAAACCGCUUGAAAGACUUUGACUUGUUUCGCUUAAACCAGCUGCCGCUCCCUGUCCCUCUCUCUCGUUUACUUUGUUAAAAAUGUUUGCCAAUAAACGAACUCGAAACUUGAUAUGAGUAUGACAUAAGUAUUGGCACAGCAAUAACUUUUCACUUCACUCCUAAAAUUUAGAAAAAUGUGAGCAAUAAACGACAAAAUCUCAGAUGAAAAUCAUUCUGCAUUCCAUUCGGAGCAUCGUUCGAAAGAGCUUCAAAUUAUGUUAAUUUUGAAUUAAAAAAUCGCAAUGGAGAAGUUAUUAAAA